ACACCCACGCUACAUAUAAAAUCCCGCUAAAUCCACCGCUACUCAAAAUUUAGGGUUUCAUUUUCCCGUCAAGCUAAAGAGAAGGAGCCGCCGUUGCCGAACUCGCUCGCACGCAAGCAGCAGCAAUGGCGAGAAUCAAGGUACAUGAGCUGAGGCACAAGACAAAGGCUGACCUUUUGGCUCAGCUCAAGGAUCUCAAGGCGGAGCUCGCCCUCCUCCGCGUCGCUAAGGUCACCGGCGGAGCGCCCAACAAGCUCUCCAAGAUCAAGGUUGUGAGGCUGUCGAUCGCCCAGGUGUUGACGGUGAUGUCACAGAAGCAGAAGGCUGCUCUCAGAGAAGUGUACAGGAACAAGAAGCUCUUGCCUCUUGAUCUCCGUCCCAAGAAGACCAGGGCCAUCCGCCGGAGGCUCACCAAGCACCAGUCUUCUUUGAAGACCGAGAGGGAGAAGAAGAAGGAGAUGUACUACCCUUUGAGGAAGUAUGCCAUUAAGGCUUAGAAGGUCCUAUUGAUUACGUUAGUUCGUCUUGUUACCUUGCUGUAAUAGAAUAUUUUUGUUCACAAGUUUUGGCUUUGAAUUUAAUUUUGAUGUUAGACCUGAAAUUUUGGUGUUUAAUUGUACUACUCUAGGUUUGGGGAGGUUCAUGCCUUACCCAAAUUGACUUAAAGUUUUCUUCGGGCAAUGAUAGUUAAGAUUCUGUUGAGUU